AUGGAUGACAUCACUAGUAGAUGGGCCAACUUGUCUCUGAACAGCAAAGAGAGUCAUACCAUGGACUUGGUAACCCCAGACACUGAUAACACCAACAAUAGGGUAUUAGUGGCGAAGUUUUUUACCAAGAGACGACCAAAUAUGGACGCCAUAACUCAAACACUGAGGAGCAUGUGGAGAUCGGGAGGUAACUUUGAGAUCAGGGACCUUGGGGCAAACACAGUCCUACUGUUAUUUAAUGAUGAAACGGAUGUUAAUCGUAUUAUCUUGCAAGGACCUUGGACUUUUGACAAGUAUUUAAUAGGGUUGUUCCAACCUGGGGAGGAGGCAAGCGUUGAAGACGCUAAAUUUGACAAAGCCUCUUUUUGGGUUCAAAUCCAUGGAUUACAACUGAGGUGUAUGCGAAGGGAGAACGUUGAGGCUAUAGGAAAGACGUUAGGGACAGUUGAAGACGUUGAUGUUUCUGCUACAGGGGAUUGUAAGGGUAAGUGUAUCAGAGUACGUAUUAAUAUUGAUAUUACUCAACCACUAUGCAGGGGUAGGAUGGUGAACAUUGGAGGGUCUCAACCACAAUGGGUUUCCUUUCAGUAUGAGCGUAUGCUGAUUUUUUGCUAUUGGUGUGGGGUGUUGAACCAUGAUGAAAAGGACUGUAAGCUUUGGCUCAAUAACAAGGGUGGCCCUCGUAGAGAGGAACAACAGUAUGGGGUAUGGAUGCAUGCAACAAUGGAAAGGUUUUACAAGUCUCAACCCGUGACAUACCGUGGGGGAACUCAGAAUGCUACAGUUGAUACUCCACCACAGAGGACUACGAAUCAUUCCGGAUUACAGAAGUGGUUGAAUGUGGGGCACAUACGGCGGUAA